UCGUCUCUACCAAUAAUUCAUCAGUAAAUUUUCUCUCUCUUCAUCCCUUACUCCUACGAAUUAAUGCUCUCCAUUAUCAUGAAUUUUGGUGGACAAUCGUCGUCGUCAACCUCAAGCGGCCACGUCAAUUAUACUCCAAGCUCUCAAUCUGGAAAUUCAUGGGCCACUGAUCACAUGCAAACCAACAACGUCGUGAAAAAGAGAAAAGCUGGAAGGAAGAAGUUCCAGGAGACGCGUCACCCGGUGUACAAAGGAGUUCGACAGAGAAACGGUAAAUGGGUUUGCGAGCUCCGGCAGCCCAAUAAGAAAUCUCGGGUUUGGGUCGGGACCUUUCCUUGCCCGGACAUGGCAGCUAGGGCUUACGACGUAGCUGCUUUAGCACUCAAAGGCGAAUCUGCAUCGCUGAAUUUUCCGGACGAUGUAAAUGCCAUACCGCGGAUUCAGUCUUUGUCUUCCAUAAGAGAUAUACAGUGCACGGCUGCAGAGACGGCUGAGGCAUUUGCAGAGGUUAAAGAAACUACAUCUUCGUCGACGUCGACAUCAUCGUCGGCGGCGUGGUUUUCCAUGGAGAGCCUUGAGGUGGAGAUGGGAGCAACAAGGAAAGUGUAUAUGGAUGAGGAUGAAUUGUUUAACAUGCCUGCUUUACUGAACAGCAUGGCGGAGGGUUUGAUCCUCACUCCUCCAGCCAUGAAAAAAGAAUUUGACUGGGAUGAUUUGGAAGAAACUGUAGAUUUUUCACUGUGGAGUGACUGAUCGAUCUACUGUGUUACAACGGAUUUAAUUUACCAUGGAUCAAUAUUGUACGGAGGGAAGAUUAUCAAUUCCCGUCACCCAAUACAUGUUUAGUAUGCAACCCAAUUCUAAUCCACCUUUCGCAAAUGUGAGCUUUUGAUAA